AUUUAGAAGAUGAAGAUGAGGUAGAACUUGGUUUAAAAAAACGAGCAAAGUCAAGGACUGUUUUGUUGACUUACCUACAUAAAUUAUGUAUGGGAAUAGAAAAACCUUACAAGCCCAAGAAUUUAGACGAAUUAAAUGAUAAAAUUAAAAACUAUAUGACAGAAAAAGAACUCCUCCAAAAGCAAUUAGAUGAAAUGAAAAAUUUAAGUGAAGAACAAAGAAAAGCACUUCAAAAAGAGAUAGCCAACUUGCAAGAACAAAUUGCUCUCCAAACCCAACAAUUUCUCCAAAAAAAAGGAUGGUUUCAAAAGGCAGGAGCAGUGAUAGGAGAAGGUGUUGACAAUACAAUUGAAGUAGCAGGAAAAGUGAUUGGGGUAGUAGGAGAGGCCGUAGGAAACACGGUUGAAAGAGUAUUAAUUCGUCCUAUUGAUAAUAUAGUUAUGCCAAAAACAAUUAUUGCCAAUUUUGGUGAAUGGUUUGAUGGUCUUAACCUUUUUGACGACAAGGAGGAGAGAGAAAGCGAAGUAGGCAUAAAGUGGCGGGGAUUAAGUGUCUCUGCCCCCUUAAAAGAAAAAAUCUAUAUUUUUAGAGAUGAAUCUGUCGCUCCACAAGGGGAAUUGAAAUUAGAAAAUUUUCCUUACUUAAAUAUCGUUUGUAAUGUAAAUAUCACUAGUGUUGAUUUUCUUCGCACCUUACCUCGUCCGGAAAAAUUAAAAAGUUUAGAAAUUAAAGGUAAUAAUAUUCAACCAACCACCUUAGAUUUUUUGCGACCUUUCGUUAAUUUGGAACGUUUAGAUAUUAGUGAAAUGAGUGGUGGCAACCCAAGGCAAAGGAAGACUCAUAGCCAAUUUUAUGGUUCUUUGGAGCCAUUAAAAGCUAGUAUCAGAAAAGAUUGUUUUUGGUGCAAGCCAGCAUCAAGACCCGAGGCUAAAUCAAAAAAAAUCUACGAGGCGGUAAAAAAUGAUGAACGUUUUUUUUCCAAAAGGGAUGAGAGAAGUUUAAGUGAAAGGAUUGAUGAUUACAUAAGGCGGGGGCAAAAGAGAAGAGAAGGAAGAGAAAGCGAGCAGCCUUCGUCCUCUUCUCCUCCAAGACAAAAUCCGGAAAAUUCAGAAGGGGAAAACCACCAGCCAGACAAAACUCCGGAAAAAA